GGGGCGGGCGGAGCGAGCGGCGGGCGGAGCGAGCGGUGGGAGGCGCGCGAGCGGGCGGCGGGCAGCGUCUCCGCCGGCAUCUGCGCGGCCGUCUCUGCUCGGAGCCCGGGGACCGAGCGCCGGACCCGCCGCCUGGCGCACCGACGCGGAGCUCCGGCUUUGUGCUCCGUGCCGGUUCGACGAGGCUUCCCGGAGGCUGCGGCCACCGCGCCCCGGCGGCCUCGGAGGCCCGCGGCUGGAGGUGCCGGAGCUGCUCGGUCCGCGCGGCUGAGCCCCGCGUGCCCCACUGCUCGCCGGGCUGCUCCGAGCCUGGGUGCUCCGGGGCUCCAAACUCGGGCUGGCGGGGCAAGUGUCUUCAUGAACCCAGAGGAUGUCCGGGAAGCACUACAAGGGUCCUGAAGUCAGUUGUUGCAUCAAAUACUUCAUUUUUGGCUUCAAUGUCAUAUUUUGGUUUUUGGGAAUAACGUUUCUUGGAAUCGGACUGUGGGCGUGGAAUGAAAAAGGUGUCCUCUCCAACAUCUCGUCCAUCACCGACCUUGGUGGCUUUGACCCAGUGUGGCUUUUCCUUGUGGUGGGAGGAGUGAUGUUCAUUCUGGGGUUUGCAGGGUGCAUCGGAGCACUUCGGGAAAACACCUUCCUUCUCAAGUUUUUUUCUGUGUUCCUGGGGAUUAUUUUCUUCCUGGAACUCACUGCUGGGGUGUUGGCAUUUGUUUUCAAAGACUGGAUCAAAGACCAGCUGUAUUUCUUUAUUAACAACAACAUCAGAGCCUACAGAGAUGACAUUGAUCUACAGAACCUCAUAGACUUCACCCAGGAAUACUGGCAGUGCUGUGGGGCUUUUGGAGCUGAUGAUUGGAACCUAAAUAUUUACUUCAAUUGCACAGAUUCCAAUGCAAGCCGAGAACGAUGCGGUGUGCCAUUUUCCUGCUGCACUAAAGACCCUGCGGAAGAUGUCAUCAACACUCAGUGUGGCUAUGAUGCCAGGCAGAAACCAGAAGUUGACCAACAGAUUGUAAUCUACACGAAAGGCUGUGUGCCCCAGUUUGAGAAGUGGCUACAGGACAAUUUAACCAUCGUGGCUGGUAUUUUCAUAGGCAUUGCAUUGCUACAGAUUUUUGGGAUAUGCCUGGCACAGAAUUUGGUGAGUGACAUUGAAGCUGUCAGGGCUAGCUGGUAGACCCCUGCGACCACUACUGUCAGACACUGGACUGAUCCCCUCUCACUGACUGACCCUCUGUGCGCCGGCCAGCUGAUGGCGGGCUGUACAGGCCUGGUCACAGGCCUGCAGUCUCACCUGAUGGAGCUGCCAAGAACUUAACUUUCUGUGGGGGUAGAACUGGGAAAUGCUGCUCACAGACGGAACUUGGAAAAAGAAAAACAAAACAAGUGCGCAACUUGCUGAGUCAACGUGCAGUGAAUCUCUACUGUAGCCGUGGAUUGGUGGUCGGAUGGAUGCUACCAGAAGGGGGAAGCGGGGAGGUUGGGCACGCCAUGUACUUGAAUUUAUGGAGAAUACAGUGCUGUACACAUCUUGGCUAAAACUUGGGCCCUUACCCGCCAGGGCCAGGUGUCUUGAAAUCUCUCAAACCCUUUGCAUCUGUCCUCCAGAGAAGAAACCAGCUGCCCCCUGUGUUCAGAUUCUGAGAGAGGUGGAGUGGGUCACGCUACAGCAUAUGCCCUUCAUCCUGAGUUUGUCCUUAAGAGAACUGGGCAUUUGCAGUAAACUAGGGUGGCAGAGACUGAGCUCCACGUUUCCACAGGACUGCUCUUUCCUCUGAAUGGCCAGCCCAAGCCUGAGCUCUGUCCAUGACAUCCAAGGAGAGAAUGAGGUUACUGAGAGACAUUAAUUAAACACUCCCUCACCCCACCGCACCAAACCAGUUGGGUUGUUCUGAUAGUCUGGAACACUCUGGGCUAUGUUUUGUGUUUUAUUUCUUUUUUAUCGGUCGUUAUUUUGGUUCUUUUUUUUUUUUCUUUUUUUUUUUUUGUCUCCCAAAGGCAAAGGCUAUGACACAGUCCUCUUGGUUUCUUAUUCAGCUUGAAUAGUAAGUUUUUGUAGACUUGUCACCUGCAUGUACCGUAACCGCCCCCCCUCCCCCCCAUCCACCAUGUUCUUUUCAGAGAGACAUUUGAGAGUGUUCCUUGGUGUUUACAUCAUAGGUAUCCAGCCUUGGGUGGUGGUGGAGUGUUGUCCUAGCCGCAUCUUUGUAUGCCCCUCAGGCUCUCUGUCUCUCCCGGCAUCCAAUUCAGCUCCUGUCCAUUCCCCAUCCUCCCCAUCGAGUGGUGGAAAGCCCAGCUCCAAAGCAGGGUUGACACAGUCAAAAAGCAUUUCAUGAGGUUUUUCUUUCUUUUCUUUUUCCUCCCUUUUUGCAACUUUAGUUUUGUCGUAUAUUAAAUAAAAAACCAAGCCUAGUAUAGUGCAUGUGCUCGCUGAGGUGGCCUCGGGGUGGUUACAAAGCACAAAUAUUUGAGGGGCUGCGCCGAAGCCCAGCCAGGGUUCUGUGACGCUAGGUGGGAAGCCACCUUCAGGUUCUUCUCCUGCCUCGUGCCCACUGGGAGGGUGGACUUUAGCCCCAGACCCCCCCCCCCCAGCUUGUGAUAACCCCUGGAUGUUGCUUUCACGGGGAGCAGAUUUUAGUUUGUGGGUUUGCUGGGAAGACCCCAGCCUCUGCGAAAACAGCUCCCCAUUGGCCAGCCAGCAGUCUGCACCAUACAGCCCGGUUUUCCAUUUCCGCAGCACGUGUGCGUUGCCGUGGCUGAUGGGCGCAGUCUGCUCAGAGGGAGGUCAGGCACUCCUCAAAAGUCUCAUCUGCACAGUUUGGGUGUACGUGGCUCUGCAUGUUUGUAUUGGUGUCUGUUUUAGGUAGAGAUAGUCAUUCCAUACAUGGAUGUGAGGUCACGUGACUUCACCCCUGUCCAUACCACAGCCGUCGCUUGUGAUGUCCUUCAACGUGGACACUUGUGCUCUCAGAUUGGCACUUCUGUCUUCUUUAUUACCUCAUUCUCCAGUGAACUGCAUCGGCCAAUUGAUUCAGAAUCAGGCAAGAUCCCCACCCCGUGGCACAUCCAGUGAAAGCCAAAACACAAGCCCAAGCGAGUUUUAAAUUUUAAUCACCCUUUAUUUUUUACACUCGAGAGUGAUUGUAAUAAAAGCUGCCAUUAAUAAACUCGGUUCUACCUUA